UGCUCAUGCAGGAUCUUUCAUUCCAGCUAUCUACGAGCCUUCCUGCGAAGCAUACAAACACCUAGGCCAGACGUCAAACUACUACUGGAUAGAUCCUGAUGGCAGCGGACCUCUGGGGCCUCUGAAAGUUUACUGCAACAUGACAGAGGACAAAGUGUGGACCAUAGUGUCUCACGAUUUGCACAUGCAGACGACAGUGGUGGGCUACAACCCAGAAAAAUACUCAGUGACACAGCUCAUUUACAGUGCCUCCAUGGACCAGAUCAGCGCCAUCACCAGCAGCGCCGAGUAUUGUGAGCAGUACGUCUCCUAUUUCUGCAAGAUGUCGAGGUUGUUGAACACCCCAGGUAGGCCAAGAAGGAAUGCUACUUUUAAUUACUGUCUCAGCUGGUGCUUGGAAUUGCCUAAACAAUACAACAGGUGUGGCUUAUUAUCUUCUAGUCCAGUCUUCAACGUGUGCCCAGCUGUGAAGAAGUACAAUAAAUCAUUUGGUUUGUUUUCUGAGGAAUGAAGCUAAGAAAGCAUGAUUUUUUUAAAAAAAUGCAUUGUUUUAAACUUAUAGAUUAUUCUGUUUUAUAUGCAUAUAUAUGUGUGUGAGUGUUUCUGGCGCUUAAUUAUCAGUAGUUGCUUUGGGCAAAAGUUUAUCAGAGCUCCUUGUGAACUUUCAAGUAAUUCCCUUUGAAUUUGUCUUUAAUGCAAAGAUGAAAACAUUCAAAAGACUGUCUGCAGGUAAACUGCAUAUAGGAUAAUGACAGAAUUCAGAACUCCUUGUUGUCUAUAGUCAUUUAACAUUAUCUGUCUCAAGAAGUCCAACCUAAAUUUUUUUUUCAUGAUGGCUCACUUUUAGCAAUCCUUCGGGGGGUGUGUGUGUGUGUGUUAGAGAUAUGGAAAAUAGAGAGUUUCCAAAGGAUAUUCUGGAAAUUUCUUUACUGCAAGAGUGAUACACUCUGGUGUUCUUGACAGUGAAUUCAACAUGUUGACAGAUGACUAAAUCUCUCAGUGUAUAAAAGCAUGUGCUUUGAGUCAGAAAAGCAGGUUCCUACUUUUCAGCCUCUCCAUCCCCAGGUGUGACUUUGGGGGAGUUAGUUGAACUCUUAAGUCUCAGUUUCCAAUGUCUUUUUCAGUCAAAUAGGAAUCAUAUGCCUAUUUCAGGGUGAUUAUGAGAAUUUAAUGACAUAAUAUACUAAAUACUUAUUAUAGGGUUUUAUACACUCAAGGACUUAAUAAAUAGAAAAUAGUGUAUUAAUUUUUUAUAUUAAACAACUUUGGAAAUGGCGUAAUGCUAAGUCAGAGACCAAUGGGCUGUCUCAUGCCCCAAAUCAUUAUUGUAUUGGAGCCAAUGUCGUAGAGAGUAGCUUUUAGAGAAGAGUUAUGAGCAAAAUAAUAUACAAUAUUCUAAAGAUCUGAGUGCUUUUUAUGUACAAAUCCUGGUGCUAAAAUUACAGACAAGUGGGGCCGGCCAGGUGGCAUAUUGGUUACGUUUAUGCAUCCUGCUUCGGCAGCCCAGGGUUCAUCAGUUUGGAUCCCGCAC